AUGAAUGCCAUGAAGGAUAAUCACCCUCACGGUACAGCCGCGCCCGGGUUGUGCUGCCUACAGGGCUGUUUAGCUGCCUCGGCUGUUGGCUUCUCUUUCUUCAUAGCCCUCCCCACAGGCAUCAUCCUGGUGGUUCUCUCCUCCAGUAACCAUGACAACGCCCUGCUGGCGGCCGGCUGUGUCCUUGUCUCACUGCCCCUCGUCAUGCUCAUCAUCGUCAUCGUCUUAUGUCUCAAUCAGAAGAGGCUCAAGUGUCUCAAAAAGAAAAUAAAAAGAAGGAAAAAAGUGUUUGAAGAAAACUCGACUAUUGAAACCACAGUAACUAGUGGCCUUUCUCCUUCCUCGACCGGCUUUGAAUCUCCCGUGUAAUGUGUUGUGAAAAUUAUUUCACUUUCAAGGGAAAUAACUCAUGGCAAAACAGAUGAAGAAGGAAAAAAAUCGGUUACUUCCCUUACAUUUCAAAGCUAAGUUCGCUAGACAUCUCAAAGCUGAAGUUUUAUUUUAAUUUAUAAAUAGCAAUACAAUUAAAGGAAAUGUAUUCCAAUUGGAGUACAUGUCCAAUUAAGUUAAUAAACUCAUUGGUCGGUUCGAAACUUUAUCAACCACAAAUUUUUACAAAUCCUAAUCAAGUGCAAUAUAAACAAUUAGCAAUUUCUUCAGUUGUGAUGUGUUUAUCAUAGUACUUACCUUGCCUUAUUCAGGUAACAAUUAAAAACGCAAAUUAAAAAUAUUUUUAGGACUUUCUUAAAGAUGUAUUUACUAUACUGCUGAAGACUAAGGAAUUCCUCUUAAUAUCAAUAAUCGUUUUUGAUUAGUAGAUUGCUAAAUGCUGUUUUUACAUUCUACCACACAAAAGAUUUUACAAGAUUUUGUUUUAAAAUGAUAUUAUCUUUUUAUGUAUAAAUUAAUCU